AUGUCAUGGUUUAAUUACGUCAGUCAAAACUCAGACCACCAGCAGUUUCCCACCGAGAGCAGCCGAAUGUCGGCCACAGACGGCUUAUGUGCUCCUUACCGUUCCGGGCUCUGGGGGGCGCCGAUGACUGUGGCUUCACCGGCUGUGGCAACGCAAGAGCGGACGGGCUUUGCUUCGACACCCCAGGGUGUUUCCUGUCCCCCCACCUUGGAGAAUCUGACAUGCGGGUCUCCGAGCGGAGGCCAGGUGACUGAGCCCGUGCCCAUCUCUUAUGUGAGCCUCCAGGAGCAGAGGUGCGUCCUCAGCUGGUUCCAGGGCUGGUCUGGCUCCCAGCGGGAGAGAUUUUUGCAGGAUCUAGUCGGCAAAGCUGUGCCUGGGAAGGUGUGCACCCUUCUGGACUCUCUCAGUACUCUUCAGGUUAAGGACAGACUACCAAACAUAUUCGAAUGCCAGCUACGCCUGUGGUCACAGUGGUUUGAGUCCUGGGGAGAAGAUGAGCGCAAUCAUUUCUUGCACAUUUUGGAAGAGCGUGAUCCCAUGUUUGUUGCCCACUUUUACAACUGUGUGGCAGGUACAGCGGGCAGAGACUGA